AUGCAGUUCACCAUCGUCACCAUCUUGGCCGCCGCUGCCACCGCCCUCGCCCUGCCAACUGAGUCGGGCUCCUCCAGCUCCGGCAGCGGCACCUGCGCAAAGGGCUCCGAGAUCUCCUGCUGCGUCACCAACAGCGGCGACAGCGGUACCCUGGGCAAUGUCCUCGGUGGCAGCUGCUUGCUCGACCAAGUCUCCCUCUUGUCCGCUCUCGACAACCAGUGCCCAGCUGGCAACACCUUCUGCUGCCCAACGAACCAGGACGGCACCCUGAACAUCAACGUCUCUUGCAUCCCUAUCAACGCUUAA